AUGGACCGCGAGAUCAGCUCCGAAGGCCCUAGGUCUUCGAACCACAGUCAAACCAGCGAAAAUGACAGCCUCGACGAGGAGACAGUCAGACACCUGGCCCUGUUUGCCCCCGAACACGACACCGAGGAUGAAUGCGACGAACUUUCUCACACCCUUCUUCGCGAGCUGGGGGCGAUGCCCCUGUUCUCCAGCCGAGUGAAGCAAUCGCUGAACGCAUGGACAGAGGACCAAGACCCAGUGCUGCCAGCAUACGGGCUCUUGGGACUACGAACGCGUGCCGUCGAUGGGUCCGACUCGGUGACGACGCAACAAGACCUGCCGAAGGAGGACAAUCUGAUCUACGCCAACAUGCAGCAUCCGUGGUCGGCCUUCAUCUGUGGUCAACAGGGGGCUGGCAAGAGCCAUACCAUGUCGUGCUUACUGGAGAACGCGCUCAUCGGCGACAGCAGCAUGGGACCGAACCCGAUGCCCAUGUCCGGCCUGGUGUUCCACUACGACAAAUUCACCUCAUCCAGCGCAACCCAGAUCUGCGAGGCAGCCUACCUCAGCUCACAGGGCAUCCGGGUCCAAGUGCUCGUGUCCCCCUCGAAUCUGACCGCCAUGACGAACCUCUACCGCAACCUGCCGAACUGGCCGCCGGGGACGCCGAAGCCAGAGGUCAUCCCGUUCCUGUUCAGUGAGACACAGCUCAACGUGGCCAACCUGAAAGCGCUGAUGGGCGUCGACAACGAAGAGAAGAACCCGCCCUUGUACAUGGCCAUCGUGAACAAGGUGCUCAAGCAGCUCUCGCUCGCCGACACCACAGCGGGGGUCAAGUAUCGCGCGAUGAAGCAGGCAGUGACCAACCAAGGGUUGACCCCGUCACAACUGGCCUUUCUCGAAAUGCGCUACAGUUUGAUCGAAUGGUUCUUGCAGGAGACGGCGGCGCCGACGGUCCGAAACCGCGCCGGCAAGAUCAGAUUCCGGCCGCAAACCAUGUUGAUUGUCGACCUGAGUUGUCCCUUUAUCACCGAGUCGGACGCGUGCACGCUCUUCUCCAUCUUUCUGCAAAUCUUUUUGGGGCAGCGCGACAAGAGUCCGCUGAUCAUCGCCCUGGACGAAGCGCACAAGUUCUUGACCGAGACUCCGGCGGCCAAAGCAUUCUCUGAGGACCUAGUGCAGAUCAUCCGCCAACAACGCCACCUGGCGACGCGCGUGGUCAUUGCGACGCAGGAACCCACCAUCUCGCCCAAGCUGCUCGACCUGUGCAAUGUCGCCGUGGUGCACCAAUUCCAGUCGCCGGACUGGUACAAGGUUCUCCAGAAGCACCUGGCGGGGUUGGCUCGGUCGAAGAACGCGAGCGACGGGGCCAGCGGCGGUAACAACGACAAGGACGACGGGGUCUUCAAGACCAUUGUCCGACUGGGCCAGGGAGAGGCCUUGGUGUUUUGCCCCAAAGCGUGCUUUGACCUUGACGAGGGUGUGGAGAGGGUGGAUUUCCGACCUUUGCAGGACGGGUACGCUCGAGUCCAGCUUCGGGGCAGGGUCACGGCGGACGGGGGGAGGAGUAUCCUUGCGUCUGAUGCGAAGGGGAAGAAGACGAGGAAACACAAGGCGUGA